AUGGAUUCUGACCUGUACGACGAGUUUGGUAACUACAUCGGACCGGAGCUUGGCUCAGACGAUGAGGAGAAUGAGGAUGACGUUCCUCUUGCAGGCGAUGCUGAUGAGGAAGCAGAAGAGGGGGAUGAUCAGGAGGAAGUGGAAGAUGAUGCAGAAGAAAUACCACAAAAUCAAAUAGUUCUACACGAAGACAAAAAGUACUACGCGACUGCUCUCGAGGUGUAUGGAGAGAAUGUGGAAACGAUUGUCCAAGAAGAAGAUGCACAGCCUCUCACAGAGCCUAUCAUCAAACCUAUUACUCAACGCAAAUUCCAGUCAGUAGAACAUAAUUUGCCUGAAACUGUGUACAAGAAAGAAUAUUUGGCUGAUCUCAUGGAUUGUCCCCACAUUAUGAGGAAUGUGGCUAUUGCUGGACAUCUCCAUCACGGGAAGACAACAUUUUUGGAUUGCCUCAUGGAGCAAACUCAUCCUGAGUUUUAUCGCGCCGAAGAUGCAGAUACUAGGUUCACGGACACGCUUUUUAUUGAACAACAACGAGGAUGUUCAAUCAAAGCCAUGCCAGUGACAAUAGUAAUGGAAGAUUCGCGAUUGAAAAGCUAUCUCCUGAACAUCAUCGAUACACCAGGACAUGUUAACUUUUCUGAUGAAGUCACCGCUGCGUAUCGGUUGUGCGAUGGUGUUGUGAUUGUGGUUGAUGCACAUGAAGGAGUGAUGAUGAGCACUGAGCGCGCAAUCCGCCAUGCUGUGCAAGAGCGUUUACCCAUCACACUGUGUGUAAACAAGAUCGACCGCCUCAUUUUGGAGUUGAAGAUGCCACCUGCAGAUGCGUAUUAUAAGCUGAGACUUGUUAUCGAUCAAGUCAAUGGAUUACUACAAACAUUCUCCGAAGACGAUACACCUGUGAUGUCUCCUCUUUUGGAAAAUGUUAUCUUUGCAUCUGGGCGCUACAACACAACUCGAAAGUUUUCCAAGAAGCCACCGUCUCCCACAUCGCAGAGGACCUUCGUUGAAUUCAUUUUGGAACCACUUUACAAGAUUUUCAGUCAGGUCGUAGGAGACGUUGAUACCUGUCUUCCUCAUAUGAUGUCUGUGUUGAACAUCAGGCUAACAAAAGAAGAGCAGAAGAUGAACGUGCGACCUUUGAUAGCGCUCAUAUGCAAACGGUUCUUUGGGGAUUUCAGAGCAUUCGUUGAUUUGGUUGUGAAAAAUAUCAAGUCGCCUAUCGAAAAUGCUAAAACCAAGGUGGAACACAUUUGGCUUGGACCUGCGGAAAGUAAACUUGCCGCAGAGAUGGCAAAGUGUGAUGCCAAUGGACCUCUAAUGGUACACACAACAAAGAACUACCCCACCGCGGAUGCUACAUCAUUCCGCGUCUUAGGUCGUGUCAUAAGUGGCACCAUUGAGAGCAAUGCCGACGUUCGGGUCCUAGGAGAGAACUACAGUAUUCAGGAUGAAGAAGACUGCCGCCGUUUAACUGUCGGUCGACUAUGGGUUUAUGUGGCCAGAUAUCAAAUAGAAGUGUCGCGUGUUCCGGCAGGUUGUUGGGCUCUCAUUGAGGGUAUCGAUCAACCAAUUGUAAAAACUGCAACCAUUGCUGAGUUGGAUUAUGAAGAAGAUAUGUACAUCUUCCGUCCUUUGAAGUUCAACACCAAAAGUGUGGUCAAGAUGGCAAUUGAACCUAUAAAUCCGUCCGAACUACCGAAAAUGUUGGACGGCUUGAGAAAGGUGAACAAAUCAUAUCCCUUGCUUACAACGCGUGUCGAAGAGUCUGGAGAACAUGUCCUUUUGGGCACUGGAGAACUCUACAUGGACAGUGUCAUGCAUGAUAUGCGAAAGGUCUUCUCCGAAAUUGACAUCAAAGUGGCUGAUCCCGUAGUGACGUUCUGUGAAACUGUAGUUGAAACGUCCUCCUUGAAAUGUUUCGCUGAAACUCCCAAUAAAAAAAAUAAGAUCACUAUGAUUUCCGAGCCAUUGGAAAAGGGUCUAGCCGAGGACAUUGAAAAUGAGGUCGUUCAAAUUGGAUGGAACCGUCGACGAAUCGGAGAAUUCUUUCAAACAAAGUAUGAAUGGGACUUGCUUGCGGCUCGUUCAAUAUGGGCCUUCGGACCUGACAUUGCUGGGCCUAACGUACUGCUUGAUGACACACUUCCUUCUGAGGUUGAUAAGCAACUUCUUGGUACAGUACGAGAAUCUCUUGUGCAAGGAUUCCAAUGGGCAACCAGAGAGGGGCCCUUAUGUGAAGAACCUAUUCGUAAUGUAAAGUUCAAGAUGUUGGAUGCUGUAAUUGCCAAGGAGCCUUUGUACAGAGGAGGAGGUCAAGUUAUUCCUACUGCUCGACGAUGCGCUUAUUCCGCUUUUCUGAUGGCAACCCCUCGAUUAAUGGAGCCCUACUUUGUUGUUGAAGUUAUCGCUCCGGCUGAUUGUGUGUCUUCCGUUUAUACAGUUCUCGCAAAGCGAAGAGGUCACGUUACGACGGAUUCUCCUAUACCUGGAUCUCCUAUGUAUUCGAUAAAGGCAUUUAUACCGGUGAUGGAUUCGUUUGGUUUUGAAACAGAUUUGCGUACCCACACACAAGGGCAGGCAUUCUGUAUGGCUGUGUUCAACCACUGGCAGAUUGUACCCGGUGAUCCUUUGGACAAAUCGAUCGUGAUUCGACCACUUGAGCUGCAACCAACCCCUCAUCUGGCAAGAGAGUUCAUGAUCAAGACAAGAAGAAGGAAAGGCCUAUCCGAAGAUGUCUCUGUUAACAAAUUCUUCGACGAUCCUAUGCUUUUGGAGUUGGCCAAGCAGCAAGAUGUGUUCAGUUAUUCAGGAUUCUAA